ACUGCAGUGGGUGCUGUUGUUGGUCGGAGAGCCCGCUGACUGAACUUGUGAGGAGAGAGAGGGAGCUGUGCGCUCUCCUCCCGGCAGAGUGCGUCCCGCUCCACACACGCGCACACACAUACACACCGGGGUCACUUUCCUUACAAGCAGCGGACUGGUCUCUACUCCCGCACCUCCUUAAUAUCGCACAUGAACAUUCAGACGGACGUCAGCAGACAUUUCCUACCUGUGCGCCUUCAGCGUGCGUCAAAGAAACUCCGCUGUUUCUUCGUCUUAAUUGUUUCCUUCGCGGUUUCCCACCCGGUGAUUUUGGAUUACGGAGAAUAACAAGCAGCGUGGGCGCGCGUAACUCCCGAAAUCAUGGAUUUAUGGAUAAAGUUGAUGUUGUUGUGCAGCUGCUGCUUUGGAGCAAGUGCAGACUUUGAUGGCAGGUGGCCGCGGCAGAUGGCCUCGUCCAACGGCCUGUGUCGAUACGGGGCCAGGGUGGACUGCUGCUGGGGAUGGACACGCCGAUCCUGGGGUCACUGCCAGCCUCUCUUCGCCUUAACUCACAGAGUAGCCGGGAUAAGGUGCCAGCCCCAAGCUGUGUGCCAGCCUGGCUGUAAGCACGGAGAGUGCGUGGGACCCAAUAAGUGCAAAUGCCACCCUGGCUUCACCGGGAAGACCUGCAAUCAAGACCUGAAUGAGUGUGGGCUGAAGCCGAGGCCUUGUAAACACAGGUGCAUGAACACUUAUGGGAGUUACAAGUGCUACUGCCUCAACGGCUACAUGCUGAUGCCUGACGGGACCUGUGGAAACGCUCGCACUUGUGGCAUGGCCAACUGCCAGUACGGCUGCGAGGUGCUGAAAGGAGAGGUCCGAUGUCAGUGUCCAUCGCCGGGACUUCAGCUGGCUGCGGAUGGAAGAACCUGUGUGGAUGUGGAUGAGUGUGCCACAGGGAUCGCAGUGUGUCCCAGGUUCAGGAAAUGCAUUAACACCUUUGGUAGCUACAUCUGCAAGUGCCACGAAGGCUUUGACCUGCAAUACAUCAAUGGGAAAUAUCAGUGCAUUGAUGUGGAUGAGUGCUCUUCAGGUCAGAGCCACUGCAGCAACUUCGCCACUUGCUACAACACGCCGGGCUCAUACAAGUGCAAAUGCAAAGAUGGUUACAGGGGGAUGGGCCAUGACUGCAAACCCAUUCCUAAGGUGGCUAUUGACCCCCCGAGACCAGGCAAACUGCCUCCAAAUCAUCACAACCGCAUCCCCGACAUAGAUCAGUGGAGGACUACCACUACCAUCCGCCCACCAGUGAAAAUCUUCCCUGUUAUCCCCAAAUCAACAACUGCUGCCACGACUACGACAACCACAACAACGACCAAAGCACCUCCAAAGAGGGUCACCCCACCUCCACGCAAGCCAGCAAUACCCACCCGGAAGCCGUUUAUCGCAACCAGGAAGCCACCGGCACCCACGCGCAAGCCAUACAUCCCACCAAGGCCAGCAGCUCCAACCAGGCGUCCCCAGCCCCCGGCACCGGUCACACCAGUAGACAACACCAUUCAGAAGGAGGUUACCAAACAGAGGGGAGAUGUCCACAUCCCUCGGAACCACGGCCAGAACACUGUCCUUGGUAUCGACUUUGACAUUGAGCUUGGCAACACGGCAGAUGAAGCCAAGGACGACCCAGCGUCUGGGUAUCUGAGCUGCUCCUUUGAUGACGGUCUUUGUGGUUGGAUCAGGGACAAAGAUGGAGACCUGCACUGGGAGACGACGCCUGAUCCGUCAGGUGGACGUUACCUCACUAUUCCCGAGGUAGGCAACAAGAGGACUGGGCGAGGGGCACGGCUGGUCCUUCCACUCACCCCUCCCUGGAACGACGGCAAUCUGUGCCUGUCGUUCCGGCACAAGUUGGCAGGCCACCACGUGGGCAUGCUGCAAGUGUUUGUGAAGAAAGGAAAGCAGUACAGUCCAGCAGUCUGGGGCCGGACAGGUGGAAAUGGCUGGAGGCACACCCAAAUCACAUUAUGGGGCACUGGCCUGGAAAGUGUGAUCCUGAAGGGGGAGCGUGGGCGUGGUCGGAGUGGCGAGAUGGCUGUGGACGACAUCACCCUGAGGAAAGGCUCCUGCACAGAGGAGCACAAUCUGAGGAGACUCUGACUGACAGAGCAGAGAAAGGCAGAAUGAAAACAAGAGGGAAAAUCAUCUCAAAGAGAACUGACUCUGUUGUGACAUCCCCUAACUCUGCCGGGGCUCUCGCUGAUCCCCACCCCCACCCCCUGCGCUGCCACCCCUCCAAGCCAGUCUGUGAACUAUAUCCAAAAAAUUGUGUGUCUGCAGAACAGUGGGAUCUCCCUCUCGACUGUCCAUGAAUAAAAAGACUGAAUCGAAAUGUCAUGGGCGGAUCCCAGCAGCACACCCCCUCGUCUUCUUAGCCUCCCUCUCACUCCAUCACCUUGUUACUAUAACCUGCAUGUAUCUACUUCCUCCACCUAACUGGCAGCCCUCCAGCCACAAUGCUGAGAGGCCCACGUUCGCUUCAUUUCUUCCUGGAGAGAGGAUCGUUCUCUCACUUAAGAGUAUGUGUUUGCCUUGCUUUGAUCUUUUAACCACAAGCCAUUGCUUUUUUAUUUUCUUGAUGUUAAAACAUAUGGCCAGGGGUGCAUUUUGUGUCUGUUUUGAUCAACAAAAUAUCAGAGAUGGUAUACACUUCUUUGAGGGUUAGAGGUUUUAAAAAAAAAAAAAAAAAAAGGACGAGAAAAAUGUUUUCCCAUUGGCUCCAAAUCUGAUAAAAUCCCAAAAUAUAAAAUCAACAUGAGUGAGUUUAGCCCUUCUUUUGUUGGUCUAAUCCAAGUUUUUGGUAUUGCAACUGCUCUAUAGCACAGUGUGGACUGAAACAGUGCAGCUUUCUUUUGUUGUCACAAGAUCUGUUUGGUAGAAGAUGGUUUAAAAGUGUAGCACCUUUUCUACCCUGAUCUUUUAUUGAAGCCUCCCAAAUUUGUUUCAACGCUCCGUGGUCAUUUUUCUUCAGAUACUUGAAACGUGUCAAACAGAAUCAGUGUUUGAUUUCUGACACUUGCAAACCAACACUUACUUUCUAUUAUACAGUAUGUGCUUUGUUAUUAUAAGUGCAGUUUGUUAUAAAAGACAAUACCAACAACUUUUUAGGCUUUCACAAAUUGUAUUAUUGUAAAUGUAGUUGUGUGUACAUACUCCAAAAUAUCAAUCCCAUUUGUUGUGUGGUUUAUACCUUAUGUAAAUUCAUACAUAGUUAUUAAUUGGAUUUCAAAAUGAUUAGUAUUUCAGCUUUUAAUUAAAGAACAUGUAUACAGAUGGAAACCCUUUGCAGUGCAAGGCUGUGUUUAAUGUGCACACAGUGUGCUUGUCCCUGUGUUAUGGUAUAAUGCUCUGUCUGUAACUUGCAAAGCACAUAGUUGCAUAUCGUAUGCUGUGAUAAUGAAGGGCAUCUGCUGGAGUUUUACGGUUUUCUGUAUGCAUGGGUGCAUUCACCAAAUUCAGAUUUAU